CGUUUUUGUUCAUUUGUCUCCCAUGCCGUAUGAGCACCUGCCCAUUGCUAAAUUUUUGGCAUUCCUAGAAGAAGAUCGGAACCCUCCUUCGUCACACACUCUCAACCAAAAGGAUUUUGGAAAACAAGGACGCCCUUGAAAAUCGUGCAGUUAACCUACCUACCUACCCUCGCACGCACCCACAGUACCAAAUCGACAUUAUGACUCGGCUGUCUGCAUCCUUCAUUGCUGCUGCCGUUGUAGGUGCUCUGAUAGACGGGCUUGUGCCAUCUUCACUGGCCUUCGACACUGGCCCUCACAAUGAUAUUAUGCGGAAUGUGAUGGAACGAUUUGGUUACACUCCCGAAGCUCAAGCACUUGGUGCCAUAGGCAACUGGUUCACGGACGUUUACGCAUUUUCAUUUUCGUUCGGAAACCAUGUUCCGUUCCUACCGAAUCACAUUGCGGAUCUAGAGAUGCUCCAUUGCAAUAAUCUCUAUUCCAUCGUCUAUGGAGCAAAUUAUAUAGCGCAACACACUAUUAGCAGCCGGAAAGCAAUUCAAGAUGCAGUUCGAAGAAAUGAUACAUUAUCCUACCUUGCAUUACUAGGGACCACCGCUCACGCUUACCAGGACUUCUACGCCCACUCCAACUGGGCAGAACUUCAUUUGCGCAACGAUUGCGACUGUUACAAUGUCCACGACACGUUUUUUUCCGACAUUAUUGCCGCGAACGGGAGUGUUGAUGCUAUGAUCAAUAGUCGACCUCAGUUAUCCGGUUGGCAGACGUAUUCAUGGCAAGACCGCAAUUACCCAAACUUUAACAUCUUUGGUGGAAAUGUCGAACAUGGCGAGUAUUGUACAGGUACCAACAAAGAUAGUUAUGUCAGGCCGUACUUUGAGGAAACACAUGCCUAUGCAUUUAGCGCAACUGUGGAAUGGAUCUACAAUGUUGAACAAUGGGCCAAUGCGGUUGAUCCCAAUUUUGUCAAGACGGCAAGAGCCUGGGUGCCGCCCACCGAACAAGACCGGCAAGAUCUUUUCAAGAAUUUCGAACACGCCUUUGAAGUCUCUUAUUCCACCACGGCGUGGGUAUUCGGUGGAGAUGAUGGACACUGGAAAGGCUAUGGAUCAGGCUCUGUUCGAACCUUUGCCGCCAGCGUAACGAAUUUUGCAAAAACGAAUACGACAUAUACAAACCUUUAUCUGCGGAAAGAUCCCAAACCCGUUUGGUCCCUCGUCACAGAGACCCCGCCGUACGCCUUUCUCAACAACUCUUACGAUCCUUCUGGCGAAAUCAUUGGAAACGUUGCAUUAAUCCAAGAUGCCAUCCAAGGAUUCACACCCUUUCCUUCCAUCCCCGCUGAAUAUACAAAUAUGACCGUCGUCGUCGUUCGAACGCUAAUGUACAAUGUCUCGACUAGUUUAGGAAACAAAAACCCAUGGGCAUUAAUCGAAAUCGAUAAUUUCGCCAUCAGGGAGGCACCCAUGAUGGGACAACGGGUUGGCACACCCUACUGGACGGCCAUCAAAUACAUCCCUUCACCAGCCAUCAAUGCAGCAUCUCGAAACGUCAGUAUUAAAUACACUCUCAUCGGCGCCGGCGAUAGCUCAUCAGUAAACACUCGCAUCCCCAUCGCAAAUUCUCAAGACGGGACAUUAUACAUGACGUUCAAUUCAGCCGAUAACUCACUUGUUGGAACCGGGAUCUCCCCAGGAGUAUACAAUAGCACGCUGCAGACCCUCAAAUCCGCUCAACAGGACAGCAGCAUAGAGAUAUACGUUGAUACCCGCGGACUGACAUGUACGAAUUCAACUGGUCAAAAUGGACACUAUGUCACGUUUUGUGCCAAUACUGCCUUUGGGGAGCUAGGCACCGUUGAGGGGUGUCCUGGUAGUAAGUUCUCAAAGAAUAGUAAAAAUGGAGGAGUGACCAUUCGGGCGGGAAAGAGCUUGUGGAUUGUGUUGUGUGGUAUACUAGUCGCUGUACUGAUGUGAGGGAGGAUGCGUCCUUUUCAACCCUGUAAUUAUUUGUAUAAUGCUGUAGGUUCAAACUAGUCGCAAACAUGCUAAAAUUCGUUAAUAUGGUAUUAUGCAUCUGUUGCUGAUGCACCCAUGCA